GUCGCGACCGCGCGCGUCGCGCCUCGUCGCGACCGCGCGCGAGGCGAACGAACCGCGAACGUCGAACGCGGCGAUGGCCGACCACGCGCGCGAGGACGACGACAGCGCGCUCUUUACGUCGUCGGAACGUCACGAAAUCGCGAAUGAAAACGACGGAAAUCUCGCCGCGCGACCGCACCGCGACGUCGCGUUCAAGCGCGCGUUCGCGACGUCGCUCGCGGUGACGAUCCUGUGCGGACUUUUGGCGCUCUCGCGCGUCUCCGCGGACGCGCACGUGUUGACGGAGGCGGAGACGCUGAACAAGUACGAGAGUUGUCACGCGGCGAACGGCGUCGGCGCGCGACGAAGGACGCUGUUGGAGGACGGCGCGGACGAAGACGCGGCGACGGCGUUGACGAAGGCGAGACCGUACGUCGUGAUGGCGAUGCUCGGGGCGUGCGCGAUGGGAGCGUUGGCUUUGACGGCGUUUAAGCGACACCCUCGAUUCGCCACGUGGUCGAUGAUUUACGUGAAAAUCGGAAGUUGCUUCGCGUUGUCGAUCGCGUUCGCGAUUGAAAGGAUGGCGUUUCCGUGUAUUCUGUUCGCGUUGUUCGCUGCGUUUUUCGCGUAUUGGAUGCACGCGACGCGCGACCGGGUGGAGCUCGUCGCGAAGCUUCUCGGCGCCGCGUCGACGGCGUUGAAGGAUAAUCCUCAUCUCAUCACCACGAGCGUCUUCGCCGGUUUGGCCGUCAUCGUGUCCUCGAUCAUGUUUUUCACGUGCGUGUGGGGGGCGUACAUGAACGGCUCGAUCGCGCCGAGCGAUUACGAGCACUACACUGGCGGGAAAUGCUACUACGGCGAGGAAGUCGUUCCGUGUUGCGAAUGGCAAACCGACAGCUGGGUGGGCCCGUACGUCGUUUUCGCCUUGCUCGUGUGGCUCUGGUCACACAUGAUCGCGGCGGAGAUGCGCACAUUCGUCAUCGGCGGGUCAAUCUCGCGCUGGUACUUUGCCCCGGCGGGAACGACGGCGUUCGUGGGAACGACGCGCGAGUUCAUCGGCCACGCCUUCGGCGCAUCGUUCGGCUCGUUGGCGUUCGGCGGGUUAGUUUUGACAGGUGUGACCAUUUUGCGCAACUUGAAUGAAAGAUUGCGACGCGAAUCGCGCGGCUUCAUGGCUAUUCUUGCGUGCAUCGUCACCGCCGUCAUGGACUGUAUCGCCGAAAUCAUUGAAACCAUCACCAAGUUUGCGACCAUCCAGUGCGCCAUCACGGGUGAAUCGUUGUUGGAAUCCGGUCGCGAAGUCACGCGAUUGCUGAAGGAUAACUUUUUGAGCGCCCUGCGCGUGUGGUGGUUACCGGAGAUGAUUUUGAACAUGACCGCGCUCUUCUUCGCCAUCUUCUACGGCGUCGUCGUGGGGAUUUCCGUGCACGUAGGUGUGCAAGUAUCAACCGGUGACGAUGAUUUGGCUCACAACGUCGGUGCAAUUGUCGGCGCGUGCGCGGGCGUCUCUUCGAUUGUGAUUUUGUCAUUUUUGUUCUCCGUCCUCUUGACGUGCAUCGACGCCGUGUUCAUUUGCUACGCCCGAGACAAGGACGAGAACAUGAUCACCAAGCCCGAAAUUGUCGCCAUCUACGACGAGGUCACGGAAAAGACGAGGGCGCCCGACGUCGCGGUGGCGGCGGCGCAGCGAGCGCAGCGUCCGCCGCCGACCGCCCGGUCGGAUCCGGGCGUCGUGUUCCAAACGCCGAACGCGCCGAUGAUGUACGGUCGCCCGGAUGGAAACUCACUGGUGUAACGCGUUCAUCCAAUAGUUUCAAUAGUUU